UCCGCAGUGAAGUAGAGGAGCCUAUAACGUGAUCGCAUCGCUUGCCCUCUUGCUUGCCAUCGGAGGCCGCAGCGCCGUCUCUCGUCUCUCAUAAGCCGGCGGGUGGAAAUUCCACGUUCCUAUGACGGCUGACCCUGUGGUGACGUCCAGCAAGAUCUUUGCAUUGUGAGGUCCACUGUUCUCAAGUGACAAGGACAACAUCGCAGACAAUGAGGAUUCCAGCGUUCGUGCAGAUCGUGGGGGUCGCCCUGUUUCUCAUCGUGGUGCUGUACGUGGGAAACCGCACGCUGGAGCUCAACCUGGAGAAGAAGAUUAAGGACAUGUUGCCAGCCGAAAUUAAAAUCGUGGCUGUCCAGAGAAAAGAAAUCGAGAAUAACUCUCCAGAGGAAAAGAAGCCGUAUUUCAAGUGCGGCCUCCCAGAACCGUGCCCCGACAAGCACCUGCCCUUCCGAGUGCUCACGGGCGCGGCCAACAUCGUCGGACCAAAGAUCUGCCUGGACGAUCAAAUAAUAAUGAGCAGCGCCAGAAACAACGUUGGACGGGGAUUCAACAUCGUCAGUGUGGACGGAGCGAAGGGAAAUGUUUUGGAAGUUCACACAUCGGAUGUGUACAAUGGAGAAAUCGAUAAACUCAUCGCAUUCCUGAAGACCAUAAAGGACGGCUCGAUCGUAAUCAUCGCCUCGUUCGACGACGCGUCCACGCACUUGAACGACGAGGCUCGGGGUCUGCUCGCGGACCUCGGAAGCAAGUUCAUCAAGGACCUGGGCAUGCGCGACAACUGGGUGUUUGUUGGAGGCAAGGGGCUGAACCUCAAAACGUCCUACGAACGGCACAUCAAGAGCAACAAGGAUACAAACAAGUACGAGGGCUGGCCUGAGCUGCUGGAACUUGAAGGCUGCAUCCCUCUGAAGUUGGAUUAAGGCUCGGCCACGUGUCUGUGCGGGAAUCGACGGCAAAUGUUGGAAAGCACAUCCGUAUUUUCAAGCAGAACUCGAAAAUGUAUUGCUUCAAUAUUGUUGUAUUCUAAAAAUGACUUGAUGCAACCCAGAUUACCCCUUCAAAUAAAGGCAAUGCAUCAUGUUUCACAACGGCCCUUUAUUAAAUCCUUUAUAUUAAGUUCACUUGCUUGCUUGCUUACGACCGUGCAAAUCUUUCGGUCGUUUUUAACCCACUUCCCGUGAUCCAAUCGAGCUGACAUUUUGCACACAGACUCGUUGUGCGUGACAAUUUAUUUUCGUGAAAAAAAAUGUCCAAAAUGUUACACUUUUUAGGAAAAAAUAAAUUAUAUUUAAUUACCAAUUGCUUAAUGGUGGCAGCCAUUCAUCUGACCCAUAGGUGGCAGCCAUCUCAAGCCAGAGGACGAGAGGACUCUAGCCGCCACGCAUAUAAAGGAUUUAUAGUGAAAAACUUAGUUUUUACGGGUUAAUUUUUUUCGUUUCCUAGUUAAAGAGUACAACUACAUAUAUGUAAGUGCAACUUUUUUUUUUAUUAGGCCAUUGGCCUCUAUAGGCUUUCCAGACCAACAGCGUUUGCUAAGCAAACUCUGACAUGGUUUCGAGCUUUCUGGUCAUCAUCAGUAGGGCAGGGCCUAUUUCAAACAAAAUUUACAGCGUUGCUUUUGCAUGCUAUCCACUUUUGGAGCUUCGGGUUGUGUGAAUUUUCGUUGAUGGGCUUCCCAAUGAACCGCGUUAUAUGCUUGGCAUGGCAAUUUCCCCCCCCCCCCCCUUUUAUUCAGCAAUAAGGCUUGUUAAAUAAAUGCUGCGGAGUUGGAAGAUUCCACAGGGAAGAGGCACGGUUCAAUAUUAAACGCAAUGUUGUAUACAAAGUUGAUUGAAGUUCUGCUUCUUAAUAAAAACUUUAAAAAACUAUUAUUUGCCAGGUAAGGCCGCCACUGAGCUAUGUAGCUCUUUAUCAGAAGCGACUUGUCCACAAAUGAUAGCUCAACGAAGUGGCUUAUCGUGUGGAAAUUUCUAUCAGCCAAAUACUCGCAAACGUAUGUUUCUGAUUGUGGAGGGAAAAACCUGUGAGGACCCCAAGAGAAAUGCACGCGACCACGGGGAGAACAUGAAAACUCAAAAUAUACAGGCGUCAGGGUCGGAAUCAAACCACCCAUCCCCUCCUGCAUGCCAGGCGAGGUAGUUAACAUCUCGUCACCACGGCGCCCCCAUAUGCUUUAACAUAUGCUUUUACCCAUAAUGUUUCACAACAAGGCAUGAGUUUGUAUAUAAAACAUGUGCACUCCAAAUAAGACGUUUUAAGUGAGAAAAAUAAGCGUGGGUUUUUUUCAUUUCAAAGUUAGGUAAAUUAUUCCACUUAGAAAAAUAAAUGAUUAUCCUUUUCCAUUUUUUCUUUAAAUAAUAUUGUAAAUACGUGUGAUGGUGUUCAAUGGGAUUUAAUGCUUUUUAAGGAAUAUAUUUUUAAUCCAUAUGAUUACAUUUUCGCACACCUUUAAAAAAUAAAUCAAAUGAAAUAGUGCUUAUCUUAAAGAAACAUGUUAAUUCGAAUACCAGUGGAGCAUAUUCAUCAUCUCAGUACUUAAUUUCACAGAACAGUAUGGAACAGUAUGGAAUACUGUUCCAGGAUUGUGCUAGCACUCCGCCUCACCUUAUUUUAUCCUCAGAGUAUCGUAAUAUAUAAUAAUAUAUUUCUUAUGGUUAGGCAUACUCUUGUAUUCUAGUGGUAGUGCCUUACACCUGCUCCAAAUCCAGCCCUAGUAGUGUUCCGGAAAGUAUCGAGCAAUAAACUAGGCCCUGUUUACACUCUUGCUACUGCUGGCAAAGUAUUUUAGAUCAAUACAUAGAGUACUUUUUGUCGCGGUGGGUUUGUAUGUUUACAUUAGAAUUUGACCCUUCUGAAAUGUUACACGAUUGCGUUUAUGAGCGGAAAGUGUAAAAGUAAAAUUAACAAAAAUUGUCCCAAACACAACUCUGUCCUGUAUAUCUUGUUGGUUUACAAAGUUAAGAAAAGUCCGGCCGCAAAAGUCAGAUUUGUUGUGUCCUGUAAAUAUUAAGGGUUGUACACUUGUACGGUUUCUAAAGACGAUUUAUGGUGACAGGUGAAGGUAUGUGUAUGUCUAUUGAAUAAGUGUCUUAAUAUUAAACAUUUCUGUUCAGGACAUGUGAAUUUGAGCGUUGAUUUUUAGACUGUCGAAAUCAUGGGUCAUAAUAAUGAUUUAGCACAGGGGUCGGGAACCUUUUUGACUGGGAGAGCCAUAAAAGCCAAAUAUUUCUAAAUAUAUUUCAUUG